CCAUACUUGAAAUGCCGCUUCGCAUGUCGUCGUCGUGGCUCGCAACGCUAGCGGUCGCCGCCCUUGCGCUGACCGUCGCACACGCCCAGGAGCCCGCUCGCCAGUUCACCCUGUCCCGCCCCUACCUCGGCGCUGGCAUGGAAAUCCCGUACUGGGAGUUUGGCGGACACUCGGUCGUCUCGGACGAGUACAUUCGACUCACGCCGGAUCGUCAGAGCAAGCAAGGUUACCUGUGGUCGCGCUUGCCCGUCCUGUUCGACCAUUGGGACUUGAUUGUCGAGUUCAAGGUGCAUGGCUCUGGCCGCAAGCUGUUCGGCGAUGGUAUGGCGUUCUGGUACGCCAAGCAGCCCAUGACUCCUGGUCCCGUCUUUGGCAGCGUCGACUUUUUCUCUGGCCUGGGUCUGUUCUUUGACACGUACAGCAACCACAACGGCCACCACCAUCACGCUCACCCGUACAUUUCGGCCAUGAUUGGCGAUGGCACUCUUCACUACGACCAUGACGCCGAUGGCACCCUGACCGAGCUUGCCGGUUGCGAGGCUCAGUUCCGCAACAAGCCGUACCCGACGCGGUUCCGUGUCACCUACCUGAACAAUGUUCUUCAGGUCUUCCACGAUAUCGACAACGAGCGCAGCUGGAAGGAGUGCUUCACCAAGUCUGGUGUUCAUUUGCCUUCUGGCUAUCACCUCGGCUUCUCCGCCGCAACUGGCGAUGUCGCUGAUGCACACGACGUUAUCACCGCUCAACUCACUCAGCUGCACGGUCAACCCAAGCAGCCGCAGCGUCCUUUGCAGGAGACUCGUGAAUUGCGGCAAACCGAGGUGCCAUUCGUCGCUGAGGCACCACUCAAGCGCGAGCGAGUGAAUGACGAUCAUGGCGAUACCAUUGGCAGCACUCUUGGAAGCAUCGCUCUCAUCUUUUUGGGCUCGUUGGCCGUCAUCGCUUUGAUUGUGGGCGGCAUUGUGUUUUACCGCUCCAAGCAGGAGCAACAUAAGGCCAAGAGACUAUACUAAGUCCCUAUUCCCGUUCUUCGUCGUCGCUUGUUUGCAGUACUACAAGCGACCAAAUUUUUGAAGUGUUGUUGUUGUUGUUGAUGUUUUCGAAUUGGCAAGGGCAAUUUGUUCAACGCGCAUACAUUUUAUUUACAAUCACAUCAGGAUGCA